UAACAAGGUUGAAUUGUGGCAUCCAGAUAGUGUGAACAGAUACAAAGCAUUUCUCUAUUAAUCCUCUGCAAUUUUGCUAAAGAUUUCAUCUUUGCAGAUCGAUAUGCUUAUGAAAUAUUAUGACGUAUAAGGAAGAUCCUUCAUAGUUUGUUUUGGAUAACUUUUGUUUAAGAUAAUGAAAAAUUAAGGUAUUGUCUCUGAGCAGAAGAAAAACUAGAUAUAUUGACUUAGCCUGUUCUGAUGAACUCAAUCAUUCUGAACAGUUUAAGUAUCUUAUCAAAAGAUCUACAAAAUUGCAUUAAGAAGUAUCAUGAAUACAUUACACUAAUGUUUAGUCAUUUAUUGAUGAGAACUAGUUGUUUUCAUCAUUAAAUGGGCUUCUAUAUGAUUCUCCAUCUUAAGGAUAUCUUCAACUUAUGUUAUUAAUUACCAUUCCAGCCAGUUCUAGCAGCAGAUUUGGGCUCAACAGUUUUCCAGAACUUAUUGAAUGGCUCAUUGCGAUUCCUGAAAAUACCAUAUUUAUAGCUUACAACCUAGGGUGAAUGAGACAGUAAAGCUAGUCGAGUUAGUGGGCACCUCUCUACAUACUUCUUCUUGAAAUCCAGACUGCUGGCUGAUCUUUAACCUGAGUUUUGCUCCAUAA